CCGCACGUCAGACGUCGUCACACACAAUCUAGCGCGUACGUACGUCCCAAACCAAACCAUGUCCGCGAGAGCUCUUCUCCUGACGACCGCGACGCUGCUCCUGCUCGUCGCCGCUGCGCGUGCGGGGCAGCCGCUCGCCGGCGGGUGGAGCCCGAUCAGGAACGUCAGCGACCCGCACAUCCAGGAGCUCGGCGGCUGGGCGGUGACGGAGCACGUCAGGCGGGCCAACGACGGGCUGCGGUUCGGCGAGGUGACGGGCGGCGAGGAGCAGGUGGUGUCCGGGAUGAACUACAAGCUCGUCCUCGACGCCACGGACGCCGACGGCAAGGUCGCGGCGUACGGGGCCUUCGUGUACGAGCAGUCGUGGACCAACACCCGCGAGCUCGUGUCCUUCGCGCCGGCCAGCUGACGACCAGCUGGACGUAAUUAAUCAGCGGCGCCGCAAUGUGUCUUUGGAGUAACGUGUCAUUAAGCAAAAUACAAUUACCAUAGUACUACACUAGGACCUCGUAUCAUGAAGACAUACUCUUGUGAUCUUGUCACGGACUCACGGGUCCUCACUUAAUAAGCCGUCUUGGCAUUAUCUGUACUGCUAUAUCAACAGAUCAUUACUGUUUUUCUCGAUUGCAAA